CAUGGCUCCAGAGAGUGGUGGAGAAGUGCAGAACAAUGAAGCAGCAGCAUCCUCCCUCUCCUCCUCCUCGUCAUCACCAUGACUGUAAAUAAAAAGGUUUCUGCAAGGAGGAUUCCUCUGCUUCUGGACGCGGUUCAACACUCACCUCUCUCCUCCUCCUCCUCCUCCUCCUCCUCUUCCUCAAACCAGUUUGCAUACUGACUUCCGCCCCUCUCCCUCCCUCUGCACUAGUCUGCAUCGAGCCGGCGAGCAGCUGAUCUGACAGACAGGAGAGGAUACAGUAUCACACCGAGGAGAAGAAGAAGCUGACUUAACUUCAUUUAGAAAGUGUGCGCGGAUCUAGGUCGGGGACGGAUUAGAGGAGGAAAACGAGAGGAAGAAGAAGAGGAAGCGUGUUUUUUUUGUCAUGCCAUGGGAUUUGCUACUUUCGUGUGAAGAGGCGGAACCUAUGAGACGCUCAAUAUGCUGAAGCUGUACCCGGUGUUUGUAUACUGUACGUGGAAGUACAGAGACUAUUUGCUUCCAACUCACAGGCCUACGUUAAGGAUUUAAUAUUUUUUAUUUUAUUUAUAUAUCUCACGGAUAGAAAAAACAUUUUUUUCACAGGGAAUUCCUUCUGAUCAGGCUUUUUUUUUUUUUUUUAUUAGGUAAUAUUUAAAAUCAAAUUGGAUAUGGGGGACUGCUGUCACCCCUCUGAAACAGACAUUAGUCUUUUUUGAAAGGGGGUCUUAUUACAAAGUAGUUUGACCCAGGAUGAACUAUUAUUUUGUAUUUUUUUAUUAUUUUAGCCUGUAGCAAACUACUGCAGGAUUUUUUUUUUGCAUUUUUCCAGGUGUCUAUUUUCCCCCAUAUUUCUGCUUUAAAAAAAAAAAAAAAAAAAAGACUUUUUUUAUUUAUUUAUUUAUUUUUUUUGGCUGGUGUUUUCCAGUCUGAACCUGACAUUUUUUUUCUUUUUUUUUUUCCUCGGGAUUGCCCCAGUCAUCAUCAUCAUCCCCUCCACACAGUCCCACACCACGGAUACUAGCUUUCCUCACCUCCACCAUGAGUUACAUCUACAAGGUAUUGAAUGUAUUGCUACGUGGACUCGUCAUCUAUGCGGUACUGGGCUUGGAGUGCACUUACUCGAAUGAUCUACCCAGCCACUCUCAGUCUGAUGCUGCGAAUGUAGCCACCACAGACCCCUGUCUCAUAGUGAUGCCGCCAUGCAUGGGCGACGACGACCGCUUCAGUCUGGAGGCGCUGCGGCACAUCCACAAACAGCUGGACGACGACAAUGACGGGGGAAUAGAGGUCAACGAGAGUGUGGAGUUUAUAAUAGAAGACAUGAAGCAGCAGCAAACCAACAAACACAGCAACCUGCACCAUGAAGACCAGCACAUCACCGUGGAGGAGCUGUGGAAGGGCUGGAAGACCUCUGAAGUCCACAACUGGACCGUGGAGGAUUCGGUGCAGUGGCUGAAGGAGUCGGUGGAGCUGCCGCAGUACGAGACGAACUUCCGGGACUUCCGGGUCACGGGGAACACGUUACCUCGAAUAGCGGCAAAUGAACCGUCGUUUAUGUCGAUGCAGCUGAAGAUAUUAGACCCGCGGCAUAAACAAAAACUAAACCUAAAGGCACUAGAUGCAGUGCUUUUUGGCCCUCCUCUUCGUGCACAACAUAACUGGAUGAAAGACUUCGUCCUGAUGGUUUCCAUAGUGAUUGGUGUCGGGGGCUGCUGGUUUGCAUAUGUGCAGAACAAGUCCAGCAAGGUGCACAUCUCUCAGAUGAUGAGGGAUCUGGAGAGCCUGCAAAACGCUGAGCAAAGCCUCUUAGACCUGCAGAGCCGGCUGGAAAAGGCUCAGGAGGAGAACCGGACGGUGGCCGUGGAGAAGCAGAACCUCGAGCAGAAGAUGAGGGACGAGAUCAACGGCGCCAAAACGGAGGCUCACCGGCUCCGAGAGCUGCGAGAGGGCGCCGAAUGUGAGCUCAGCCGGCUCAAAUACGCUGAGGAAGAGCUAGUACAGGUGCGAAAGGCCCUGAAGCGAGCGGAGAAGGAGAUGCAUUCGGAGCGGUCGGUGCCUGAAGCGCUCCAGAAGUGGCUCCAGCUCACACACGAGGUGGAGGUUCAAUACUACAACAUCAAGAAACAGAAUGCGGAGUUUCAGCUGUGCGUCGCCAAAGAAGAGGCAGAGAAAAUAAAGAAGAAAAGAGGUUCUGUGUUCGGAACCCUUCAUGUAGCCCACAGUUCAUCACUGGAUGAGGUGGACCACAAGAUACUAGAGGCAAAGAAAGCUCUAUCAGAGGUGACGGCGUGCCUGAGGGAGCGGCUGCACCGCUGGCAGCAGAUUGAGAAGCUUUGCAACUUCCCCGUAGUCAAUAACUCGGGGCUGCCGAGCCUGACGGCCAGCCUCUACUCAGACCACAGCUGGGUGGUCAUGCCGCGAGUCUCGGUGCCUCCCUACCCCAUCGCAGGAGGAGUGGAUGACCUGGACGAGGACACGCCUCCCAUCAUUCCGCAGUUCACAACGGCCACGAUGAUCCGGCCCUCGCUGACCCGCAGCAGCAGCCUGUGUCGUUCCCGCCGGAGCCUGAUGAGCUCGCCGCAGUCCUCGCUGAUGUCCCCGGACCCCGACCUGCUGUCCAUGGCCAGCUCGUCCCUCUCCUAUCGCCCCGAGGCAGACGACGAACAUAUCUUGUUCAGCUCGGAUAGGAGGGGGUAUGUAGCGGUGGCCGGAACGCCGCGGAAUGGUUUUACAGUUUGGACUCACAGGGAUUCGGUUCAGGAGUGCGGCUCCGACACAGACUCUCUCAACUCUUCCAUGAGCCGCAAGCAGCUGCACAACCCCUGCACACCGGGCUCGGACACCCCGUACCGCAAGAUCUCCCGCGAGGAGAUGAUGCUGUUCAGUCCGGAGCUUCCCGCGUCCACCACCUCCACCUCCACCACCCACACCAGCAGCAGCAGCAGCAGCAGUCUCAGGGACUCCACGCCUCCUCCUCUGCCUCCCACCCCGGCCACCACCCCCACCGGCCCGCCCUCCACCUCGCCUUCCCCGGCCUUGGAGCACCACCCGUUUGCACAACACAGAGGCUCGCCCGACCUCACCCGCUUACCCGAGUCCCAAAGUGUAACCUUCUCACAGGGGAGCGCCACCUCUCCGACGGGCAAGGGCGUGUACAACGGCAUCCUGGAGAAGUCCUACAGCUACGGCCAGCUGCCCGCGAGCAUGCUGCCCAACGUGGGGCGUUACCCGUCUCUUACCUCCCUGGACUCGGAGGGCCGGAGCGUGGGAAGGGAACACAAGCUCCAGAGCACCUCCUCCCAGGACUCCAGCGACAAUGGAGAGAAAAUCAAGCGCUCCUCCUCUAAAAUCAAAAGCUUAUUUAAGAAGAAAAAAUAAAACUUGCAGAGUGAGAUAGUGUAUGAGAGAGAGAAAAAUAAAAAUAUAAAGUGUUGUUUUAGCCCUAAUACUAAAAAGAUGGACAUCACUGUAAGCUAAAACAUUUCAUUUCCUCUCGUUUUUUCUUCUUUUUUGUCGUCAGACGGAAUGUAGCUCAGUCUGGGUGCCUUUAAACGCCUCAGGCUGGUAUUUUUCAAUAAUGCCUUUUUAUUUAGUUCACUCAUAGCCUCACAGGGAAGCCUGCAAAGGUCAAGGAAAAGUCAAUGAAAGGUCAAAAGGUCAUGAUAGUUGUCAUCCAGACAGCCAAAACACAUGACCUGUUCACUGUCUUCUAAAUAUUUUGGUUUGAACCAAAAAGUCACUAUGUGUAAGGGUUUAAAGGUGCAGUCCAUAAAUGUUUGUUUGCUGUUCCUACUGAAAGUAUUAAAUCACACUUUCAGUAGUGACAGCAUCACAUGCAUAUCACCAAGAAAAAACAGCUCGUAAGAUUUCUUAAAAAUGCAAUUUUUGACAGUUUCUUUUUAAGUGUCGCCAUUCAAAUUAUGGAUUGCAUCUUAUGAAGUGUUCGAGUCCUAAACUCACGUACUUGAUUAAUUUCCUUUUUGAAAAAAAAAAAAAAAAAAAUCCUGCUAAAAGUUUGUUGCACUACUGCUUUCCUGAUAUUUUUUGGGAAAGAGCCGCUGCUUGCGGAGUACAUAUUGAAUAAAGAUAUAUAGAGAUGAGCGAAAUACAUGGGCAGCGGCAGUGGAGAUGCAGCACAUAAUGCCAGAGCCAAAAUUAUCUGACGCAUCUUCAAUGCCACUACUUAUGCGGGUCUCAAUAUAUAUAAAUAUAUAUAUAUAUACUUUGUUUUCACAUGAUUAUGUUCUUAUAGAUGUUUUUAAAAUAGAUUUAUAUUGGUGGGGGUUCCUACUGUAUGAACUGAUCUUUACUGAAGAAGAAUAUGCAGACUUAACCCGCACCGGUCAUUUCCCCUAUAACCUUGCUGUCCCUUAUUACUUGAUUAACUGUGUCCUGUAGCCAUACCCACAUACCAUUUCCAUUCUUUGUCUUAAAUACCUUGUCCCCCUUGUAAAAUUUGGUGUCACUACCAGAUUUUGGUCAAAUUGUCAGUGCAAAUAAUUCUUUUUGUGGUUGGAGUGCCAGAUUUAUUUAAGGAUACGCGAGUGGCAGGAAGUCUAAAACAGACUGUACGCUGACGAUGUGGCCGUCUUUGUUUCCAGACAAAACACUAAGGAUUAUCUGCUCAAUAAAGGAACUAUUUGAUCCAGAUCUGAUUGAUGCCCCCAACACCUGCCCCCCACCCUCUUACCACACACUAAGCUCGAAGCCGACCCAUGCAAUACGGUCCCGUUCCUGUUCCUCACCUCUGGGCCCGCGCCGAGCGCACUGAUGUCAAGAGCUCCUGCUUCACACUGUGAUUUCUGCCUUCUUCCCUUCAUCCUGGACCUGGCUGUCACUGCUGCAGUUUAACACGACGGGGGGGUUAAAUGUCAGGGGGGGUGAUGACGCCGUGUACGAGGUGUGUCUGGGCGACAGGACGACACGAGGAUCCAGUGGCCUCUGUUUUUAGAAAAUAAAUAUAUUUAGACGGUUGUGGCAAUACAGCACACGAUGAAGGAAACAGAAGACAGAACUGCAAGACGAGGAUAUAUGAAUGUUUACGAGACAUUAGGGUUUUUUUUGAGAACAUUUUGUGUGUGAAUAUUUGUAUACUGUAGAAGAAUUAAUAAAAAAAAUGGAGGAUGGAAA